GCCAGGACAGUAUACGAACGUCAUUCGGCGCGGACUGAGCGGGCGAAAGGCGCGUUGUACCUGCGAGCGAAUACCGCACUUUUCGAAUCUGAACUCACCAGUCUCUCGCGUUCAUUCGUUCCUAUCAGUGCGAAAUUAACGUCCGAUAAUUAUAUAUCGAUUUUGUGAUCGAAUUGUUCCACGGCGAACGGAGGAUUAAUCGAGUUGCACGUCUCCACGCGUGUGAUUUAUAGUAAUCAAGACACACAUAGCGGCCGAUUAAAAAAUCACUUGAUGCGCUGAGGAUGCGCCGUGAUUUCUGCAACGGUGGGCUUGCCUGCGCCGUUGUGUGGGUGUCAUCGACCUGCUGGCUGCUAUCCUUGUCGUCGUCGGUCACAGCAGAGCCACCGUUAAAAGCGGUAGGUCGAUGCCCAACCUUCGAGGAGCAGAAUGUAUGCCCGGCGAGGGCACCGAGUUGCGAGAACGACUUCCAGUGUAAGGCACCCGGUGAACGUUGUUGCAAAACCGCCUGCGGCACGAAAUGCAUUAUCGGCGAACUGACGGGAUGCGAGCAGCUGGCUCUUGCCGCGGUGAGGAGGUCUCGAGCGCUCGGUCCACGUGGACCGUCGCAGUUCAUACCGAAGUGUAACAACGAGACCGGCGAAUUCGAGAGGAUACAAUGUCAUCCGCGGAACAACAGUUGCUGGUGCGUGGACGAUAUCGGCGCUGAGGUUCCUGGGACCAGAGGAUCUUCUAAAGAUGUCAUCGAUUGUGACAAUCCUCGACCAUGCCCGGCUCACAGCUGCAGAAUGUUCUGUCCACUUGGUUUCGAGAUCGAGGCGAAAACCGGGUGCCCGAAAUGCGAGUGCCGUGAUCCUUGCCGCGGUAUCGCCUGUCCUGGGACCAGUCAAACGUGCGAGUUGAUCGAUGUAUCGUGCACCCGUCCACCGUGCCCGCCGAUUCCCAGCUGUCGCAAAGCGAAGUCCCUGUCGACGAUAUGUCCUGCCGGCGAGCCGUUGCAAAUUACCGACUCGCCGAGGCCAUUCCUUUGCGGCGACUCUCCCGGGAAGCCUACCUGUCCACCGAUGUACAGCUGUUUGGUGGAGCCGAAGCAGGAAUACGGUGUCUGCUGUCCGUCCAGCAUCAAUUUGAAGAGACCCGGCACGUGUCCGUUAGAGGAACCGGUGAUCUGCGGGAAUUCCUGCCAGCACGACUUGGAGUGUCCCGGACCGCAGAAAUGUUGCAGGAGCGAGAAAUGCGGCGGCGGCGGCGUUUGUUCCGUGCCGCAGGGUUUAAGCGCUUGUCACAGGGACAAAGUAUUGGCGGAGAUGCUAAGCAUUUCCGAGAGACAGGGUCGCGGAUACGUUCCUCAAUGCACCGAUGACGGAGGCUACGAGAGCAGGCAGUGUUCGAGGAACGGUCUGGUUUGCUGGUGCGUGGAUAACAACGGUAGAAAGAUAUCUGGGACGAUGGGACCGGCGGAGAAAGUCGAUUGUAAAUCGAUAACGAAGGGGAGGUCCCUUCCGGCGUCCUGCGUUUCUCAACAGUGCGCUCAAGUUUGCCAAUACGGAUUUAAAACCGACGCUUCCGGCUGUCCGACUUGCGAAUGCGACAACCCAUGCGAAGGCUUCCCGUGCCCGGAAGGGGAAGCAUGUGUGUUACAUCGCGAAGACGGAUGCCCGGACUUCUUGUGUCCAACGAGACCGGAGUGCCGAGCGAAAAAAGCUUACAAAAGUCCCUGCGCUCAUGGUACUCCCCUAAUCGACGAUGAACGAAACGCGGUAACGUGUUCCGAGAACGACACAUGUCCUCAAGGAUACAAGUGCACCGCAGUACCGGAAGCUGGCCAAUCGGUCUGCUGUAUGACGUCAGCUAAUUUCACGAAACCGCAAACAAUGUGCGAGUACUUGAGAGAAUUCAACGAGAGGAUGGAGGGAACGAGGGAGAACAUGUCAUUGGCAAUUCCACCGCCCGAAUGCGAGGAGGAUGGCAGUUACAAAACCUUGCAGUGCAACAACGGCACUUGCUUUUGCGUGAACGAUCGCGGGGUGGUACUGAAAACCGGCGUGAAUCGCAACACCGAUUGCAAGCAGAUAAACGAUCUAUUGAAACUGUGCGGAACGCUGUCCUGCGACUUGGUUUGCCCUUACGGCUACGAGGUGGACGCGACCGGAUGCGAGCAGUGUCGCUGUCACGAUCCCUGCAAAGAUGUAACUUGCGAUUCUAACGAGACGUGCACGAUGAUCGAUGUGAAUUGUGGAACGGGGCAAUACUGUCCCGCAGUUCCAGCCUGCCUGGCCUUGAAACCGGGUCAAUGCCCGUAUCUGGUACCGAGUUCGUCCAGCUGCGAGUUGCAAUGCAGUAACGAUCAAGAAUGCUCGGCAUCGGAAAAGUGCUGUUCCACAGGUUGCGGGACGCAGUGCGUGGCACCGGUGAUGGCUACUGCUUGUCAGCACUCUCGCGCGGUUGCUGAGCACGCGGCCCGGGAAUCUGGAGAACCGGCUAGGCGCAUUUACAUUCCCAGAUGCGACGCCAGCGGAUCGUUCGAACCCGUACAGUGUCACAACGGGAUGUGUUGGUGCGUGGACGAAGAAGGCAGAGAGGCUGCGGGCACCCGCGUCCUCGAGGGGGUCGUACCAAAGUGCAACACGCCUCUCAGAUGUCCGGAGAUCGAUUGCAAGCUCGACUGUCCCGACGGGUUUGAAUUGAACCUCGACAGCGGCUGUCCAACUUGUUCCUGUCGGGAUCCUUGCAAGAGCGUGACUUGUCGCGGGGAGAACGAAGCUUGCAGAAUGGUCGAGGUGGCCUGUAGCGUGCCACCCUGCCCGCCUGUGCCGGUCUGUUUACCCAAGAAGGAUAAUCCUUGCCCGAACGGAUCUCCUCUCUUAGAUCAAAACGGUUCUCCGGCUACCUGUGGUCCCCACGGUCAACACUGUCCGUCGACCCACAAAUGCGAACUGUCUCCGUUGAACGAGUACGCCGUCUGCUGCCCAAAACCCCGAGAAGUUUGCUUCGAACCACCGCGGAGAGUACCAUGCAACUUAGGAUUAGGACUGAACGCGACGGAAAGAUGGUACUUCGACUCGGAACGAAACGAAUGCAGAAUAAAGACCGAGUGCACCCUGGGCCACAACGAUUUCUCCAGCCGUCUAGUAUGCGACACCGUAUGCCCUGUGCUGUCGCAAUGCGAACGGCUCAGAGAGAAGAAUCUGAAGACUUCCCAAAGGCUGAAGCAGCCGACGUUUCUACCAAGAUGCGACCCGGAGAACGGCAUGUGGGAGCCCGUUCAGUGUCUGGAGCACGUCGGUGUCUGUUGGUGUGUCAAUAGAAAGGGUCAACCGGUGAAAGGUUCGCUGACGAGAGGCCCGGAGCCGAAGUGUAACUUCAGACAGGCGAGGCGAGGUGGCAGAGGGCCGCCGGUGCAAGAAAUCGACCGUGAAAUUCAGGCGUUCAUGGAGAACGCUUUGAUAAACUUGGAGACCGACGAGAAGCAGAUUGGAAAGGUGCUAGGCACUAGGUGCCAAGCGAUGAAGGACAAAGGCCACGUACCGGCUAUCUGCGACCGCCAGGGCAGGUUCGAGCCGACCCAGUGCGCCGGGGAUACUUGCUGGUGCGUCGACGAGGCUGGCAAUCAACUUAUCGGCUCCGAACCUUUCCUCAAGGGAACCAAUAUAUGCCUGCCAACUCCGGUGGAAGCUGUCGAAGUCACUCUACGUUUCCCUGGUCGAUUCCUCGCCGACGACGAGAUCACGUUCAUUCGACGAGCGGAAGAGCUCCUUCGCGAUCUCGGCGCUCGAGUGAAGAACGAUAUACGAGUGGAGAUCAAUCAAGACUCGGCUAUACUCAGUUUCGAGAUAAUAGGACCUAACAAAGUAGAUGUGGCGUUCCACUUGGAAGAGCUGACUAGAAUCCAGAAAUUGUCUCUAUUGGGAUCGUUCGCAGAUGCGACCACUUCGCGUUUCACGCACAGGUCGACACCGGUCGCUCUGCAAAGUAGAGUCGUGGCGCUGGAACAACGAGAGAUACUCACGGAGGUGGAAACGCCCGUUUACCAGACAGCGACCCUGGUUCUGGCAGCGGGCAGCGCUUUUGUCAUCAGCAGUUUGUUAAUUCUGCUAAUGUUGUAUCGCAAGAAGAUGAAGAUGAAGGACCCGUCAAAGGCUCUGGCGACGGACCAGCACUUCCUUGCGUACCAGCAACCAGUGUAUGUGAUAUCGGGGUUGGAGCAGGAAGUGAAGAAGAAGGACGUAGCCGAGGCGCAAAGUUGCCCGUCCGCGUCGGACGUGGUCGUCGCCACGUAGAUCGUAUAGAUCAGAGCGUAGAUCGCUGGUAUAAAAAAUCGUAGUUACGACCCUCCCUCAUACAAUUCCGAUACGAUAUUUAUUCAUGGAAUAAAAACCGAGAUGCGUCGCGACUGCCAGAAUCGACGGUCGACCGAAUAGAUCGCGAACGAUCCUCGUUCGUCUUGGUCGUCACGUGAUAUCGAUUUCCAAGACGGAGGCUGGUAUCGUAGCUGCGAUAGGGCGGGAAACAUAUAAAAAUGAAUUCGGUCGCUCGUCGAAGAAUAAUUUAAGGUACUUAUUUAGAACGAAUGUCCUCGCCCGUCUCUCUGUACUCGCUCGUUCAUCGAUGAAGCGUCCUGGCUCGAGAACGAGAACGCGGGGAUAUCGUUGCGUUGAGUGUACGAUGAUAUAUCAUGGGUGUAAAUAUUAGACUCAUACUGUGUUCGUUUAUUUAUACUUAUAGUUCAAUAAAUACCGGGAAUUCCUUUAACA